UUGGUACUGAUCGAGCUGUUGCACCCUUGACUGUCGGUGGUGACAUCUAUUGCUCUGGAGUUGUUCAUCGUCCAUCCGAUCGUCGGAUGAAAGAACAAAUUCAUGAGGUGGAUACUAAAAGCGCCUUAUCUCAUCUUGCCCAAAUUCGUGUUGUUGGAUAUUCGUACAAACCAGAAAUAGCGCUAAAAUGGGGUCUAUCAGAAGAAAAUCGCCAUAGAGUCGGUGUCAUUGCGCAGGAGUUGGCUGAAAUUUUACCUGAUGCUGUGACCGACAAUGGAGAUUUCUUGCAGGUUGAUGAUUCACGAAUAUUCUACGAAACGGUUGCAGCAGCAACUGAACUUUGCCGCCUUACAGGAAAUUUGGAGCACAAAAUUGAAGCUGUUGAAAAGUUAUCUCAUAAAUUAGCCAGAUUACAUCGGCGAAAAAAUAAAGAUAUCGGUAGCUUAGCAAGUGGUCUAAGUGAUCUUGGAUUCUCUGAUAAAACAAGCUUCAUGUCAUCGCAUACAUCACUUGGUUCGAUUGCGCCAUCUUGUGUUUCACGUGACAAAUGUUACCUUAGGGGUAAUAAGGAGCGGAGCAGAAGCCGUGAGAAAUAUUGGCACUGCAGAAAUCCAUCAUGUCCUCGUGCGGAACCUCCACUAUGUAGUUCGAAAAUAACGCAGGGGACGGUUUUCGUCCUUGUUGGAGUAAUGGCUAUCUGCUUAUUAGCAAUGUCAACGUUAUAUGUAUUGGACUGGCAUAAUCGAACAUUUGAGUAUCAGAAACAUCCAUUUAUCUUUGAAAGUACUACUACUAAUGGACCAAUGAUAGAACAAGGUGGCAAAAUUGGUCAUAUUGUCCAAGUCAAGGAUAAUGUCUGGAAACCACCAAUCCAACCACAUGCUCCACCACUAAGCAUUUCGUGUGAUCAUAUGUAUUGUCAUAUGUUUUGUUGCAUGAAAGAUGAUGAAUAUAACAUACCAAAUGAUAACACCGCCAAUAAGGAUCAGCAGACAGUUUUGACUAUAUCACAGCAGCAACAAUCGUUAUUGAAAAUCAAAGACAAUGAGGAAAAUCGAGCGUCACCUAUCGAUAGAAGAACCGUUUUUUCAUCAUCAGCAUCAGAUAUUACUAUUGAAAUACUAGAUUUCAACGUAACUAUCGAUAAUCGGUAUUGUACAAGUGAUAGUUGUAAACCACGUCGCGGUCUCUACACUUUUUAUAUUCCCAUUUCACCGACUAUGCCAACUGUUCCUUUGGAAAUUAAAUUUGAUGUUGGGGAUAGUGGUAAUUAUAUUGAUAAUUGUGGUAGCUUACGAGAUUUUGAUCAAAAACCGUGUAAUGAUGAAUAUGCUAUAAGAACAGUUUAUGACAAACAACCGGUCGUUCAAAAGAUAGUAGAAGGAAUCUAUGAACUACCAGUCGGUAAUUAUAUGCAAAGCGCAUAUCGAUUUCGAAUAGGCUACAGCACCGAAUCGUGCAAUAUGAACGAAUCUCAACGCGGACGUAGCUUUGAUGAAUAUAAUUUGGUUUUCUAUCGUUUUUGUCAAACUCCAAUGAACUUUUAA